AUGAAUAUCAAACAUCCAAUAGAAUUAAUCAAGAAAAAAGUCAAUUCAGAUGGCAUCACUUAUAAAUUUAGAUGGAGUAAUAAUUCUGUUUCUAUUGAACCAAUGACUCAAUUAACUUAAGAAAUGCUUGUUUUAGUAAAUGAUUAUGAAUUAAGAAAUUUGGGAUUUGAUCCUCAAGAGCCAAAACCAUAAAAACAUAUUAAAUAAGAUUCUUAAUGUGUAAGAUAACCUGAAGAAUAAAAGAGAGAAAGGAAAUAGAGUGAAAAAAGAGAUAAAUCAUUAGAUAAAGUAUCUGAAAAACAAAAAUAAACAAAAGACACUGAUAGUAUUUAAACUAAUAGUAAUUCUGGAAAUAUUGCUCAUAAACCAAGAAAAAGCAAGCCUUGUUAAGUUAAAUCAGUUAAACAUGAUUGUGGAAGAAUAGAAUUUUUUGUUUGUUUUGAUGAUUCUACAGAUUCAAAAUGGGUAUCUUUAGAGGAAAUGAAAGAGAAGGCUCCUUUGGCAGUUUGUGAAUUUUUAUUAGGAAAAGUUAAGUAUGGAGGAGGAGGAGCUAACAAUAAAAAAUGA